CAUUCAGGUCUCUUCCCAUUGAACCCAGUCCAUCCCAGUAACCCCCCAGUUCCUCCCAGUCUCACCGGUUGCUGCCCUCACAGGUGCUGGCACCAUGGAGUACGAGCGCAGGGGUGGCCGUGGGGACCGCACGGGGCGUUACGGGGGUGCCCCUGCCCCCUCCGAGGACGGCUCCCGCACCCAGCGGGAUCACGACUAUCGCGACAUGGACUACAGAGGUUAUGGGGGACCCCCCGAGGGACCCCCCAAUGCCGGGACCCCCCCUCAGGGCUCCUACGAGAGCACGGAGCCGCCCCGGAAGCGGGAGCCGCCCCGGGAGCCUCCCCGGGAGCCCCCGGCGCUGCCGUUCGGCGCUGAUGGCGAUUACCGGGACCAGGAUUACCGGGAGGGCGCCGAGGAGGAGCCGCGGGCCAGCACCAUCGUCAUGCUGCGCAUGCUGCCCCAGGCGGCCACCGAGAACGACAUCCGGGCACAGCUGCAGGCCCAGGGGGUGCAGCCCCGUGAGGUGCGGCUGAUGCGCAACAAAUCCUCAGGUCAGAGCCGUGGAUUCGCCUUCGUGGAAUUCCAUCACGUGCAGGAGGCGGCCAGGUGGAUGGAGGCCAACCAGGCCGGGCUGACCCUGCUGGGGCACCGCGUGUCCCUGCACUACAGCGACCCCAAACCCAAAAUCAACGAGGACUGGCUCUGUGCCAAGUGUGGGGUGCAGAACUUCAAGCGCCGUGAGAAAUGUUUCAAGUGUGGCGUCCCCAAAGCCGAGGCCGAGCAGAAGGGCCCGGGGGGUCCCCGGCCAGAGCUGGUCCCGGGGGGGGGGAGGGGGGCUCCUGCCCCUCCCCCAACCCUACGGCCCCACCCUCGGGGGGUCCCCCCGGGGGUUCCCAGGGGGGCACCGAGCCCGGAGCUGACAACGCCAACGACACCAUCAUCCUGCGGAACCUGCACCCCCAGAGCAGCCUGGAGUCCAUCCUGGCCGGCCCUCGCCCCCUUCGCGGCGCUCUCGGCCGCCAACGUGCGCGUGAUCAAAGAUCGGCAAACGCAGCUGAACCGCGGCUUCGCCUUCGUGCAGCUCAGCACCAUCGUGAUUGGCAAACGCAGCUGA